UUUGAUAUUGAUAUACAUUUCGGAAGCUAAGGCUUCAGAAACUCUGUAGAGAGAAGGACACGAUAUAUUAUUUUUCUAAACUAUAUUGACUUGAAAAGGAAGAAACUAUUAUGGCCUGUCCUGGUAUAAUUCAUCGGUUAGAUGAGAACGUUGUCAACAAAAUUGCUGCUGGUGAAAUUAUAGUACGUCCGUCUAAUGCAUUAAAAGAAUUAAUUGAGAACAGCUUGGAUGCUAAAGCCACAAGUAUACAAGUAGUAGUGAAGAGUGGAGGUAUGAAGUUAUUACAGAUACAAGAUAAUGGGACAGGUAUCAGAAAGGAAGAUUUGGACAUUGUGUGUGAACGGUUUACAACGAGUAAAUUACAGAAGAUUGAGGAUCUAUCUACAAUGGCCACGUAUGGGUUUCGUGGGGAAGCUCUUAACAGCAUCAGUCAUGUAGCACAUUUGUCAAUUACCACCAAGACAGCAGAUUCAAAGUGUGCAUUUAAUGUUAAAUAUGUUGAUGGGAAGCCAGCUGGCCCUCCCAAACCUUCUGCAGGAAACCAGGGAACACAGAUCAUAGUGGAAGAUCUGUUUUAUAAUCUGGCAAUUCGUAGAAAGGCCUUAAAGAGUACAUCGGAAGAGCAUGCUAAAAUACUAGAAGUGGUGUGUCGUUAUUCAAUUCAUAAUGCCUCUGUUGGGUUCACUUUAAAAAAGUAUGGAGAAACUUCAAAUGAUAUUCACACCCUUCCCAACUCCACAACAGUUGACAAUAUUCGGACAAUUUAUGGAGCUUCCGUUGCCAAGGAACUGCUCAACUUGGAAUGCCAAGAUGAAAUGCUGAAAUUCAAGCUUGAAGGCUACAUCUCAAAUGUUAAUUACUCCAUUCCAAAAAGCAGAUUUCUUUUAUUCAUAAACCAUCGUCUUGUCGACUGUUCAUCCUUGCGAAAAGGCAUUGAGUCUGUAUAUAGUACAUAUCUACCCAAAGGUAGCCACCCGUUUCUCUACCUCAGUCUAGAAAUAGACAGUCAUAAUGUUGAUGUAAAUGUACAUCCAACAAAACAUGAAGUUCGUUUUUUACACGAGGACUCUAUUGUUGAGAAAAUCCAACAAGCCGUUGAUGCUCGUUUGCUGGGUUCAAACACAUCUAGAAAUUUUCUAACUCAGGCCCUACUUCCGAGUGCUCGUAUUUCCUCUAAUCAGACUGGUGCUGUGUCAAUUACCAGCCGUACAAGUAAUAAGGUCUAUGACCACCAAAUGGUUCGUACAGAUUGUAGAGACCAGAAACUAGAUGCAUUUAUUCAUAAAAGUUCAGAGAAAAGUAGAGAUGAAGAAGCUACAGUUGCAUCUGAACAAACUAACUCUGUAGAUGACACACCGACUCAAAGAUCAAUACAGCUGACAAGUGUUUCCAACCUGAGACAGGAAAUCCAGAAUAAGGGUCAUAGUGGGUUAAAAGAACUGUUCCAAGAGCAUACAUUUGUUGGCUGUGUAAAUCGAGAAUUCAGCCUGGUACAACAUCAGACGAAGCUCUAUCUCACUAAUAAUCACAGACUAAGUGAGGAAUUGUUCUACCAAAUCAUGAUUGAAAACUUUGGAAAUUUUGGGAUUCUGAAGCUUUCAUCACCAGCUCCAAUUUAUGAUUUAGCCAUGUUGGCAUUAGAGAGUGAGGAGAGUGGCUGGUCAGAAUUAGAUGGGCCAAAAACUGGUUUAGCCCAAUACAUUGUGGACUUCUUGAAAACAAAAGCUGAGAUGUUAGAAGAUUACUUCUCACUGGAUAUAGAUCAGGAGGGGAAUAUUUUAAGCCUUCCAUUGCUACUAGACAAAUAUAUCCCGCCCUUAGAAACACUACCUAUGUAUGUCCUAAGAUUGACUACUGAAGUUGACUGGGAAACAGAAGAAGAAUGCUUUCAGACAUUUUGCAGAGAAAUGGCCCGAUUUUAUGCUUUUCCAAGAGAUGGUGUUGAGACUUGUACGAGUUCAGAUACGGUUCCAAGUUGGAAAUGGACAGUGGAGCAUGUUCUUUAUCCUGGUAUCCGGUCCACACUGACACCUCCAAGGUUCUUUGCAGAAGACUCCACAGUUCUCCAGAUAGCUGAUCUACCUGAUUUGUACAGAGUGUUUGAAAGAUGUUAAUAUAUUUUCUAACAGAAAUGUGUACUGUAUUCAUUAAACUGUAAGAUAUUUAAUAACAACUGUUGGUCACGUUUC